UUUCACUUCCGCAGGGCGACCAGCACGGCCAGCCCUGACCCUGUGGCCCGCGCCCCGCGGCUGCGUUUCCGGGACCUCGGCCGCGGCCGCCUCGGUGGGAAGCGGACUAAGGACCGUCGGGGGCCCGGAGACCAGCUGUCGGAGAACCUCAGGCCGGGAGAGGCCGGCCUCAGCAGGCACUCGUCCAGGGACCCGGGCUUCCGAGGCUGCGAUGCUGCCUGCAGUGCCGGGCCGGGCGGGCGGGAGCCGGGAGUCGCCCGCAGCGGCUCAGCGCCCCCAGAAAAUACAAAAGACAUCCUGAUGAUAUAUGAAGAAGAUGCUGAGGAAUGGGCUCUGUACUUGAGGGAAGUUUUUCUGAAUGCUGUGAAAAGGGAAGCCAUACUAUUAUAUUGCUUGGAGAAUUAUUGUCUUUGGGAUUUGGAGCUGCUGGAUUUAAACUCCUACAAAUGUAAACUUUUGAUACUAUCAAAUAGCCUACUUAAAAACCUAACUCCAAAGAAAUGUCAGUUUCUGGAAAGUGUACUUCACUUACCAGAAAGUGUGGUUACUCUGCUGUGUGGGGUGAAGAGCUCGGAUCAGUUCUACAAGUCAUUAAAUAUCUCCAGAGGCAGGUGGGAGCUCUCAACUGAGCAGGAAGCUGAGGACUACAUCUCGGUCAUCAAGAGCAUCAUUUUCAAAGAUUAUGAAGACUACCUGGAGAUCAUUACUCCAGAAGACAUAAGAGUGAAACAUUCUGGGGAAAUAAGUGAGAAGAAGGAAAUGGAAGAAUCGUCAGAAGCUUCAAGAAGCACCAUACCACAGGCAGUGGUGCUUCCUGCUGAAAUCCCAUGUGAGAAUCCUGGUGAAAUAUUUGUUAUUUUAAGAGAUGAAGUAAUUGGCGAUACUGUGGAGGUUGAAUUUACGUCAAGUAGUAAAUGCAUUAGAACACGGCCAGCUCUGUGGAAUAAGACAGUCUGGUGGAUGAAAGCUUUAGAUUUUCCUGCUGGCUCUGUCAAUGUCCAUGUCUUCUGUGAUGGAGUCAUCAAGGCCACAGCAGAAAUUAAAUACUAUACAGCAGCAAAGGCUAUGGAAUCCCUAUUGGGAGCAGCAGGUCCAGGAGAUGGUGUGUGCCAGAAUGACAUUGAUGGACUUGAUGAUAUUCUCACAUCCACAUUCAAACAUGAGAUACCACAUUAUGAAUUCCGACCAUUCCAAACUGAAAUCCACCCUCAAAAGGAAUAUACUUAUUUCAAAGAACUUCCAACUCUUCUCCACUGUGCAGCGAAAUUUGGCUUAAAGAACUUGGCUAUUCAUUUGCUUCAAUGUUCAGGAGCAAACUGGGCAUCUAAGAUAAAAAACUUGGAGGGUUCAGAUCCAGCACAUAUUGCUGAAAGGCACGGUCAUGAAGAACUCAAGAAAAUCUUUGAGGAGUUUUCCAUCCAAGAUGCUGGAGGAGAUGAUGAGCAGGAAAGUGAUUAUGAAGAGGAUUUUAUCUCCUUUUGUACACAUUCUCCCAGCAUACAGAACCCAGCUCUCCAUCAGGAAAGCCAACAGACAUACAGGCAGAGGGCAGAAGGAGCGGAAGUGAAAGAAAUGGCAGAGGAAGAAAUAGAGCAGGACUCUGGCUCGGAGGCCCAGCCCACCCCAGAAGAGGUGGACAGUGAGAGUGAGGACCAGUAUGAUGACUUGUAUGUGUUCAUCCCUGGAGACAACCCGGAAGAUAAUUCGCAAGAGGCCCUCAUGAGCAGACCACCUCUCCCCCCGCCGCGACCUGCAGCUACUGCCUUCCAACUGGAAAAACCUCACUUCACAUUACAAGGGAAAAUAUUGUCAGGCCAAAUGGAAAGAAGUCAAAGUUGGUGUGAUUCUAGUGCAAGAUUCGAAGCAGGAGGUGAACCCAAAGGAGAAGAAGAAAAAGAAAAUGAAAAGGAUCAGGAAGAGGAAGAAGACCCAUAUACUUUUGCUGAGAUUGAUGACAGUGAAUAUGACAUGAUCUUGGCCAAUACGAGUAUCAAGAAAAAAACCGAAAGUCGUUCUUUUAUUAUGAACAGACCUCCUGCCCCGACACCUCGACCCACAAAUAUUCCUCCCAAAGAGGAAACUACACCUUAUAUAGCACAAGUGUUUCAACAGAAGACAGCCAGAGGACAAUCUGAUGGUGACAAGUUCCAUGGUCCUAAGAAACAAGACAGAGCCCGGAUGGAGAGUCAAGCCUUUUCCACCGUAAGAAACUGCCUUGCUGCUGGACAGGAGGAACUCAUCCUCCUGCAAGAGAAAGUCAAGAAUGGGAAACUCUCUAUGGAUGAAGCCCUGGAGAAAUUCAAACAGUGGCAGAUGGGAAAGACUGGUCUGGAAACAAUUCAGCAGGAAAAACUACGCCAACUACGAGAUUGCAUUAUUGGGAAAAGGCCAGAAGAAGAAAAUGUCUACAAUAAACUCACCAUUGUGCACCAUCCAAAUGGUAACGAAAGUGCCCACAAUGAAAAUACGUUACAUAACAUACCCUUUGGCAAUAAGCUUCCUGCUCGAUUCCAGGCUGAAAAGGAAUUUGGUUUCUGUUACAGGAAAGAUCACUAAAGAGAUUAUUAUCCUGAAACUCAAGAAUCUGCAGACACUUUUGGGUAAAACAAGCUUACAUUUGGACUGCCUGCUGUCUACAAGACUAAAAUCAUGCUAUGCAAAUAGAAGCACACUUCUGGAUUUCAGACUUUGUUAUUGCCACAAUUUAUUGCCAUUAUACCUGCUUCAGAUGAGUAUAUAAGAUUAAAAUUGAAUGCUGUAGAGCAAUUGCAUUAUUUGAAAAUUCUAAUAUUUUACAAUACACUUUGCCACUGAAGCAGCUAUUUCUCAUUUUUAAAAUUAAAGGAAACAAGAGCAGAGGAUUUAAAUGCUCUGAAGCAAAGUUAUUGGGCUUGUUUAAGGGGCUAACCUUAAUAGUUCACUCCUCCUCCAUUUGUGAAUAUCCAUAAAGAUACAAUUUGUUUCAUUUAUAUUGAGUUUUCAGGUGGAUGGUCUGUUUUCUAAACUUCUCCCAUUCAAAGCUCUAAUUAUUAUUGUCACAUUAUGCUUGCAGCAACCUUCCCUUUUUAAGAGCCUGUUUGCUUAUAACCUUGAGAACAUUAUUUUUAAAUUUUUCUGUGUCUCAAAUUAAUAUACAUUUCUGGGAGUUCUCAUUGUGGUUCAGCGGAAACAAAUCCAACUAGGAUCCAUGAGGAUGCGGGUUUGAUCCCUGGCUUCUCUCAGUGGGUUAAGGAUCUAGCGUUGCUGUGAGCUGUGGUGUAGGUCGCAGACAUGACUCAGAUCUGGUGUUGCUGUGGCUGUGUUGUAGGCUCGCAGCUACAGCUCUGAAUCAACCCCUAGCCUGGAAACUUCCAUAUGCCGCAGGUGUGGCCCUAAAAAGCCAAAAAAAAAAAUAAUAAUAUACAUUUCCAACCUACUUUCUCUAUUAAAAAGUUUACAAUUUCACCCACCUAUUUCUCAGAAACAAUUUACUAGCUUAGAAGAAAAUGUGGUUUUAAGAUUCUGAUUUCUACCCAUAGUUGCUACAAAUAAAAUGAAUUUUUAAAGCUAUGUCUGACUUUUAAAAAUAAAUGAAUGAGAAUUAACCGUUAAAUCCUCUGCUUACUAGUUUAUAGAGAAAAUUCGACCAAUUUUUUAAAAGUUAAACUUGAUUAAUUUCACUGUAUAGGGCCCAUAAACAUACAAAUGAUUUUUUUCUAGCCUCUAAACAGUGAUUGGUAGAGAUAUAUAUUUAAAGUGAUUCUGAAAAACAUUGCCCAUAGUUUCUCAUUACUAUUUACACUCCCAAGCUUAAGUUUUAAAAAUAAUAUUUUUUAAAUAUCAGUAGUCUGAUCAAUCCCUACUAGAAGGUGCUUUUUGAUUAUGAAAUUUAGAAAUUCAGUCCAUAGCUUCACAUCUAAGCUUUCAAGAAAUGGAAUGCCUUUCCAUACUGAGCCCCCAUCUCUGUGGAUCAUCUCACCCCAAGAGUCAAGAAAAAACAAUAGAAAAUUGACUGCUUUUCUAUAAUUUUCUAGUAUAAAAUGCAAAUGUGUCUAUUAUCUCUAAAGUAAGAAUUUCUAUACUGGCCUGAGGCUGGUGCCUACAAUUCUGCUGUUGACUUUAUUCGUAUUAAAAUGUGAAAUCCAAUAAAAGGUAAAAUGUCAACAUU